AUGGAAGCGCACCGUGCGCUGCGCAAGGAGGGCGUGGUGCUGCGCGAGGAGCUGCGCGAGCUGGGCCAGAUGUUCGCUGCGCUGUACGAGCAGCAGCAGGCCGCCGCGGUGCGGCUGCAGUUCAAGGACGAGAUCAUCCGCGAGAUGCGGCGCCAGCUGCGGCAGGCCAAGGCCAAGGCCAGUCAUUGCAUUCCUUCAUUAAUUUCAGCCUAA